UUUCCCAUCACUAGCAAUCCAGCCGCUUUUCGCCGAUGGCGUCGGUUCUCCAUUUUUGUGAUGUGUAAAUGUAAAAUAAUUAGUUUCAAGCCAGUUUUAAUAGUUAUUAAUAUUAGUUAGUGACAUACAAUUAUUAUGUUAAUUGAAUUAGCCGUGAUAGAACAACUAUAGCAGUGAAAAUGGCAGCGAAAACCACCGACUGGCGACCGGGCCCUACGGUCUGCCGUUGUUGUUUGUCUGAAGGCUGUUACAAAGACAUUUCUACUGAAUAUUUUUGGAUGGGCAAGCGGGAGGUGUAUUCAGAGAUGCUCUCGGAGACCUUCAGCUUAUCCAUCGCCUACUCCACAUCCGGUGGCCCGAACAGCAACAGUCGUCUCAUCUGCGAGCCGUGCAUAUCCCGGUUGCGAGAUGCGUCGGACUUCAAGCGUCAGGUGCAAGAGUGCGAGAAGACGUUCAUGCAGUACCUCGACCCUGGGACUGAACGGCUAUCGGAUUUUGAGACUGCAGAAUCCCGCAUCGAAGUGACCCUGGAAUCCCUGGAAACGGAGGUGAAGGUGGAACAAGUGAAGACGGAGAAAGAUGAGAGCGACGGCGAUGACUUUGGAGACAGGACCGACUUCCCAGACCUAGAUGACGAUGAUGAUGAUCUCGACGACCAGCCCCUCACCCGGCUAGCAACCAGGGUUCCCAAAAAAGAAUCCGUAGACGCUGACGCGGAUAGCAAGCCGGAGAAACGCAAAGCCACCACCAAGGCCAAAACAAGCCCUGCCAAAAAGGCCAAGACCAAGAAAGAAGUGGUCAAAGCCACCACCAGCAAGGCGGCCAAGCCGACUGAGAAGAAGAAGAAAGAAAAUGGAAAGGCAGCGAGUAUCUGGCAACUAACGUCGCUUGAAAGGAGAAACGCGGCUGCCCUCAUAUGUUGGACCACCGCCAGGCCUUUCGUAUUCAUGGGCUCAUAUUUCAAAUGCUUCUUCUGCUUAGAACACCACUCGGAGAUCAGUUCACUCCUUCUUCACACAACUACCCACGAAACCAUAGACGAACACUCUCUCCUUGAAAAAUACCUGCCCAGGGGCAAGCGGUGUGUCCUAGUCGAUAUUUCUAACCUCAAAUGCCGUUUGUGCACGUCAAACUUCACCAAUCUCCAAACAGUAAGAGAGCAUUUAGAAAAUGUCCACGGAAAGGAAUUCCAGGCUGCCAGCAAUGGGAUUACAGAGUUCAAUUUGGAAAUUAAAGACGGAAUGUACACAUGCCAUGUGUGUGGAAUAGGAUUCCAUGAAUUUGUACUCCUCAACACCCAUAUGAAUAGUCAUGUUGGGAAAGUAGUUUGUGAGACUUGCGGCGUCGGAUUCAUCAACCAGCACCACCUCAUGAAACAUAGAGAGGUCCAUCUUAUGAAUAGGUUUAAUUGCAAGCAUUGUGACAAGACGUUUUUCAAGAAGAGCCAACUAGAGUAUCACACCCAGAUCGUCCACAAAGGCAGAGAAAGAGCUAAACCAAAGAAGUGCCCACACUGUUCUGAAUGCUUCAGAGAACAUUACAGCAAGAUGGUGCAUUUGAGGGAAGCUCAUGGAAUAAGCCAGACCUUUCAAUGCCACAUUUGCAAAGCCAAUUUCCGUGCUCGUCGGUUUCUGACGGAGCACAUGACGAAAUGCCACACAGACAAAUUCAAAUGCGAUGUGUGCUGUAAAAGGUUCGGGACUAAAUCAAGGAUGAUGCUGCAUAUGCGUGGACAUACUGGGGAGAGGACGUUUGUGUGUCCAGUUUGUAAAAGCGCGUAUAUUCACAAAGUUACAUUGAACAAACACAUGAAAAGUCACAGUUUGGAUUUGAUAAGACAAUGCCAGAUUCUGGAGGAGCAGGAUGUGGAGGGAACGCCAGCAAAAUUGCUGCCAUCGACGAGUAUAUGGUCCAUGACUCUCAUGGAGCGAGAGAACGCUGCCACCCUACUCCAGAAGACUACGUUAAGGCCCUUCACGUACAUGUCUUUCCCUCUCCGCUUCAAAUGUUUCUACUGCAACGAAGUACACCCCGAACUGGACACGCUAUUAGAACACACAAACCACCAUCCAGUCCCUGAUCUUAAUGAUAUGCUUAAAGGUCUACUAAAGAAAGGGAAGAAGACCAUUAAAGUGGACAUAUCGGAAUUGAAAUGCAAGCUGUGUGAUAACCCUUUCUCUAAUGUAGACGAUAUCAGAAAGCACUUAGUACACGAGCACGCUACGAAGUUCAACAAUGACUCUGGUAACGGCAUGAUGGUGUACAGUUUGAAGUCAAAAGACGGUGUCCUAUCUUGCCAUUUGUGUACCCAAACGUUCACUAGUUUCUUCCUCUUGAACAAACACAUCAAUGUUCACUUCAACAACGCUAUAUGCGAGUGGUGUGGCAAAGGCUUCAUAACACACCAGAGGCUUGUCCAGCAUAAAGAGAUCCAUCUCCGAGGGAAGUUCCACUGCGAUAAAUGCAAGAUAUCCUUUGAAAGCCCAGCUAAAUUUAAGUACCACAACGAAAGGAUGCACGGACAACCUAAUAAAAUCCUCAACAUAUACAACUGUCAGCACUGCUCGGCCAGAUUCACUCAUCAUUACGAAAAAAUGAGGCAUAUGAGUGAGAAUCAUGGGAUAUCUUUCGACGGGCACAAAGAAGUUUACGGGGAUAUGCUGAAUGAAACAUUUCAUCUGCAGGUACCAAAACACUUCCCCGAAGAUUAUUUCGUUCAGUUGAUAUGUGACCAGUGCGUUAUACAACUGCGAGAGGCGUAUGCAUUCCGUUCCAGGAUGUUGGACAGCCAAGCCGUUAUUCUUCAACGAUGGGAUCAGUUCCAAAGUAGACGUUCUGAAGCAACCACUCAAGAAACGGACUCCACGAUGGUAACAGAAAUCAAAUUGGAGGUGGAGCCUGAGGCUGGCUGCGACGAUGGCGAAACAGGCGCUGACAUUUAUCAAGAAGUAGAUGAAAUCCUGCAGAACAUCAAGAUGGAAUUAGUGGAAAACUCAGAAAAGGUGACACGGAAACGAAAGGGCAACGGGCGGCGCGCCAAGCAGAAGAAAUGCAAGAUCGAAGACGAAAGUGAAGAUAUCCCACCAGACCCCCAAAAAGACUGGUCGAAAAUCGUCGAACGCCGCGGCGUAGGACCGGUUCUCCGAGAAAAUUCCCUGAAACUCCUGGCCAACUCCACCAUAUGUGUCUUCCAAUGGAACAAGAGCUGGUAUAGGUGCUUCUGCUGCCAAGUGGCAUUCCCCGAACUCGAUUCUCUAAGAGAACACACCAGCUCCGAACAUACUCUGGAAGACAUUGAGAAGAAAAUAAUCCAUCAACAGAACCGACUGGUCAAAGUGGAAGUAUCAAUCAUAAACUGCAAAAUAUGCUCGAAAAAGAUCGAAAACCUAACAGAAUUGAGGGAUCAUCUACAUGAAGAACACAAAAUAGAGUUCGUGCACAAGGAAGAUUUGCUAGUACCUUUCAAGAUAAGCAGUCAACUGCAGUGCCAGAUAUGUUCGGAGAACUUUACCGUGUUUAGGUUGCUGAAUAUACACAUGAACAAGCAUUAUCAGAAACAAGUCUGCCAUAUUUGUGGAUCUGGGUUCUCCAAUUUGGUGUUUUUGAACCUUCACAAGUCGAGGGCACACAGGCUGUUCCAUUGUAAAGAGUGCGACAUGAUAUUCAAUAAUAAAUCGGACAAAAAAUCCCAUGAUAUCACUGUCCAUGAUGUAAAGUUUGAAAGGAAACUACGGUUUCCAUGCCCGUACUGCCCACAACGGUUCUUCCAAGAAAAUUUCAGAGUGGAACAUCUAGUUGAAAAACAUGGCAUGACCCGGCCAGAACAUAAGUGUGUUGUGUGUUCCAAAGUGUUCAUAACUAGAAGUCUAUGUAAUAACCACAUGAAAAACGUUCAUAAGAAGGAGAAAAACCACGAGUGUGAUAUCUGUCAUAACUUAUUUUACACUAAAAGUGAUGUUCUGAGGCAUCGGGUCACUCAUACGGGGGAGAAAAAGUUUUCGUGCAGUAUUUGUAACAGUCCGUUUGCAACUAAGUGCUCGUUGAGGCGACAUUUGAAAAGAACUCAUGUUGGGAUGCAAUAAAUUGUGAA